AUGGGUGAGACUGGAAAACGAUUUCAUUCACAGAGAGACUAUGAUGGGGACAGGAAAAAUCAAAAGAGACGAAUGAAUGACAGAGAUGAAAGGGGUAAUGAUGAAUUGAUUGUUUAUAGGAUACUUUGCCCCGAUGAAGUUAUUGGAAGUGUUAUUGGGAAGAACGGUAAAGUGAUAAAUUCAAUAAGGCAAGAAACCAGAGCAAAAGUUAAGGUUGUGGAUCCAUUUCCUGGCGCCAAGGACCGUGUUAUAACGAUCUAUUGCUAUGUUAAGGAGAAGGAAGAAGUUGAGAUUGAUGAUGAGUUCACUGGAAAAGAACCUUUAUGUGCUGCUCAAGAUGCUCUUCUCGAGGUUCAUGCUGCCAUUGUGAAUUCCAUCACAGCUCUUGGAGAUUCUGAGAAGAAAAGGAAGGAUAGAGAUGAAUGUCAAAUCCUUGUUCCAUCAAGCCAAGCUGCAAAUAUCAUUGGUAAGGCUGGGGCUACCAUUAAAAAGCUGAGAAGUAAAACACGAGCAAAUAUCAAGGUUACUGCCAAGGAUGCAGCAGACCCAGCACACUCAUGUGCUAUGGAUUUUGAUAAUUUUGUCUCGGUUAGUAUAUUCAACUCAUAA